AUGAUCGCCAGCGAACAACCAUACGACUAUAUCAUCGUCGGCGCCGGAAUUGGCGGUCUAGUGCUAGCCUCGCGUCUCAGCGAAGAUGGCACUGCCACUGUUCUCCUUGUCGAAGCCGGGCCUAAUCAUAUGGGAGACCCGCGCAUCAACACCCCAGGCCUGCUAGGCGCCAUGUUCGGGGAUCCGGAUUUCGACUGGGACUACUUGACCGAGCCGCAGGUUCAUGUAAACAAUCGUCAAAUGGGCCAGCCACGAGGCCGGAUUGUUGGUAGCUCUUCGGCCUUGAAUUUCUCUGUGGUGGCGUAUCCAUCACGCGGUGACUUCCCAGCAUGGGAAUCACUCGGCAACGACGGGUGGGGACCUGAUGCAAUGGCUCCGUAUCUGCGUAAAUUCCAUACGUACACGCCGCCCAGCGAGACCACCAGUGCGUUAUUUUCCCUGGGCCAGUACAUGAAGCCAGAGAACCAGGGCAAUCAAGGGCCAGUCCCAACCUCUCAUCUUGAUGUCUAUACCCCGUUCAACCAGGCCUGGAAUGAGACAUUUGCCCACUUGGGUUGGGACACUCACGCAGACCCGAUCGCGGGCCGCACCGUGGGACCGUUUACGCCGCCACUGUCAGUUGACAGGGAAACAGGCCAACGGGGAUAUGCUGGGACUUACUACACCCAGGACGUCGCCCAGCGCAAAAACCUGCAUCUGCUCACUGAAACCAUGGUAGAGCGAGUGACCCUGACGAAAGCCGACGACGGUCAGGUCACUGCUACGGGGAUUCAGAUUCGGACCAAAGAUGGUCAGCAACUGGAGGUCUCCGCCACGCGUGAAGUUAUUAUCAGUGCCGGAAGUCUGAAUUCCCCGCAGCUACUGGAGCUGUCUGGCAUUGGUGCCGCAGAUCUCUUGCAAAAACACAAUAUCUCGGUGGUGCUCGACCUACCUGGAGUCGGAGAGAAUCUUCAGGAUCAUUGCAUGUCCACUAUUAACUUCGAAGCGGCAGAGGGGCAAAUCUCUGGAGAUAUCGCACGGGAUCCAAAUGUGAUCCAGUCUCUGGUCAAGCUGGAUGAAAAGACACGCGCUGGUCCUUUGGCGGGCAUGCCCGUUAGUGUGGCCUAUCUGCCAAUUGUUGACCACGACGGACAAAUUCCACGCGAGCGGGUGGAUGAUCUGUUGACGAAGUAUCUGGACAGCCUGCAGGCUGAACAAGUCUCGCGCGGUCGGCAGCUACAAUACAACAUCCUGCGACAGAUGCUCCAGGAUGAUCAGACAGCCUCCGCACAAUACAUGUUCCUCAAUGCACAAGUUAAUGUAAAGUCUGGGGUAAAUACAAUGAUCUAUGCGCUGUCAAAGGCGUUGCCCGAGAACUACAUCAGCAUCAUGGUCCUACGUAAUCAUCCCUUCUCGCGUGGAUCUAUACAUAUCCGAUCGGCCAACCCGGGCGAGAAGCCUGUCUACGACCCCAAAUAUCUAUCUCACCCCUUAGAUUUAGAAAUCCUCGCCCGACACACUCAGUUCCUGGACAGGAUAGCUAGUACGGAGCCUUUUAGCUCGCUACUCAAACCCGGCGCUCGGGUACCUGAGGCGGCAGUGGAUCUGGCAGAUCUGGAGAAGGCUAAGGAGGUAGUUACAGAUCGUCUAUUUCACGACUUCCAUCCAGUGGGCACAUGCGCCAUGAUGCCCGCAGAGCUGGGCGGAGUAGUGGACCCCCAGCUGAAGGUCCAUGGCACGCGCAAUUUAAGAGUGGUCGAUGCCAGCAUCUUUCCCCUAGAAACGUCGGGGAAUAUUCAAGCAAUGACAUAUGUAGUAGCCGAGCGCGGGGCGGACAUUAUCCGCGUAACUGCUCAUCAUUAG